UACAUCGACUCGGAUACACUCCUCACACACAUUCAUGGCUCUUCAUCAGCUGGUGCUGUUCUUCCUCUUCCUCCACUGUGGACGCUCAGACUGCCAGAAGAUCAGAGCUGUGUAUGUACAGAAGGGCCAGUCAGCCAUCAUCCCCUGCCUGUAUGAGAAGGAACAUGAAAAUGAUACAAAGCUCUGGUGUAAGGAAGUUGAUCCGUCUAAGUGUGCUGCUGGUGUGUCCAUUUCUGAUGACAUCACACAAAGAAUCUUCACUGUGAACAUGACGAACAUCAGACAUGAAGAUGCUGGUCGCUAUUGUUGCACUGUUAAACCCAAAACAAAGCAACAUCAAACAAAAGGCUGCACACGAAUAACAAUAUCUAACAAUAUAACAGGUCGUCCAAUGCUGUCCGUACUCAACCCCAUGAUAAGUGAGUAUGAGAGUGGGACUGCCUCUGUCCUCUUCCAGCACAGUUUCCCCCCUGGAUCCAAGAGGCUGUUCUGUCAGCUAGCAGGGGAGUGUGUGGGAUGGGACUCUGACUCUGGAUCUUUGAAUGCGAUGGCAGUGAUGCUGAGUGAUGUCACAGAUGGAGAGUUGAAAGUGACUCUCAGUGGCCUGCAGAGGAAGAACACAGGCUGGUAUGUGUGUGAUGUCUGGGGAUUUCAGACACCUGUUCACCUCAACGUGACUAGCGUCAGAACAACCCCAGCAACAGAAUCUCCUGUCACGACUGCUCCCAACACUGAUCAAUGUGGAAUGGUGAGGAGUGAUGUGCUAGUCCCAGUCCGUGUUGUUGUGUUUUUGUUCCUGGUGCUUUGUGGUGCUACAGUGUGUGUGGUCCAAUGGAGACGAGGUCGUCCAAUGCUGUCCGUACUCAACCCCAUGAUAAUUGGGUAUGAGAGUGGGACUGCCUCUGUCCUCUUCCAGCACAGUUUCCCUCCUAAAGACAAGAGGCAGUUCUGCCAGCUAGCAGGGGAGUGUGUGGGUUGGGACUCUGACUCUGGAUCUUUGAAUGGGAUGGCAGUGAUGCUGACUGGUGGCACAGAUGGAAAGGUGAAAGUGACUCUCAGUGGCCUGCAGAGGAACAACACAGGCUGGUAUGUGUUCUCUGUUGGGGGAUAUCAGAUACCUGUUCACCUCAACGUGACUGGCACAAGACCAACUCCAGUAACAGGAUCUCCUGAGACACACAGCACAGACACAACUGCUCCCAACACUGACCAACAUGGAAUGGUUGAGGUGCUAGUCCCAAUCAUUGUUGCUGUGUUGGUGCUCAUCGUGCUUUGUGCUGCUGCAGUGGUUCUGCUCCGAUGGAGACGAGGAAAGACAGAGGCACCUCAACAAGCUGCAGCCAACGCAAACUCAGCUUCAGCUGAUCCUGAGGUCGUAUACGCUGAUGUGAUGAGCAGGAAGAUGUCACCGAAACAUGCUAGUCCUGCAGAACCCUCUGAUCAAGUGACAUACAGCACUCUCAGAACUCACAUGAGGUCAGUUGGUGAAGAUACUAAUUCCAAUGAUCUGACGUAUGGAAACAUCAUACCUAAAUCUAAGAGAAAGGAAAGGAAAGGCAAGGUCUCUGCAGCUCAAGAUCUUUACAGUGAAGUCCGAGUUCACCACAAAUAAGCCUCACUCAUAUACGGAUGAUUGGGAGU